GACGCACGCACUGUUGCAACGUCAAACGUCGUCCCCCCUUGUUGGUGCCAUGCGCACUGACGCUUGUUGUUGUUGAUAUUGAGCUGGUCGUUAUGGCUGAACGAGGCCUCGGACUUAAUUGAAAGAGGAAACCCGCCUCGGGACGACCCGCCAUUCAUGGAGGGCACAGACAUGGACGUGGACGCAGAGCUCAUGCAGAAGUUCAGCUGCAUGGGCACCACGGACAAGGACGUCCUCAUCUCGGAGUUCCAGAGGCUGCUGGGCUUCCAGCUCAACCCGGCCGGCUGCGCCUUCUUUCUGGACAUGACCAACUGGAACCUUCAGGCUGCUAUUGGUGCAUAUUAUGACUUCGAAAGCCCCAGUGUCAACACACCAUCCAUGUCCUUUGUUGAAGAUGUGACAAUUGGUGAAGGAGAGUCUGUUCCUCCGGACACACUGUUCACAAAGACCUGGAGAAUACAAAACACAGGCGGAGAGUCAUGGCCGCCAGGUGUUUGUCUCAAAUACAUUGGAGGGGAUCAGUUUGGGCAUGUGAACUCAGUUAUGGUGAAGUCUCUAGACCCCCAGGAAAUUUCAGAUGUGAGUGUACAGAUGAGAAGUCCUACAAACCCAGGCAUGUACCAGGGCCAGUGGAGGAUGUGCACAGCAGCCGGGUUGUUCUAUGGAGAUGUGAUCUGGGUGAUUCUUAGCGUAGAAGUUGGUGGUCUACUUGGCGUCACUCAGCAGCUUUCUUCCUUUGAGACGGAAUUCAACACGCAACCGCAGCGCAACGUGCAGGGCGAUUUCAACCCGUUCGCCUCGCCGCAGAAGAACAAGCAUGAUGCCACCGACAGCAGCUUCAGAGACCCCGGAGGAGCCUGGGAGCGCACGCAAGAGCCAAUCCAGCAAGAUCAGAAUGGACUGUCUCAUAAUGCUGUAAAUAGGGCGUCAAACGGUCUCCAAACAAAUCUUUCCGUGGUGACUUAUGGCCAGGGUAUUCAUGGUCCCUAUCCGUUUGGAAAGAGCUAGGAAGACAAAGACCCCUCACCCCCAUGAUGAAAGAUGACCUCUAACAUCAUGGGAAUCCUUAAGUGCAGAGGAGUUGGAGGGGGGAGGAACUGAUAUUUUCUUUUUUUGUUGUUUUUUUAUGGACUCAUGACAACUCUCCCUGAAACCUUUAUGGACCUUUCAACAGACAAACAACGGUGACCUGAUGGAUCAUAUGUACUGCAGUGAAACAUCCAACCUGACAUGGAUUCACAUGUGUGAAUGCUUCAUUUAAGAGUGCUUUAAACCUCUAAAGAUGAAUACACAAGAAUAUUUUUAUUUUAACUUGUAAGACAUGCCUAAAUAAGGAGAAAAUCCCCCUAAAAACCGACAUACAUCUGCUACUCCCAUGGGCAGCUGAGUAGUUUCUCUCCUUUGAAUUCUCGGAAAACUGUUUAAUAUUAUGCUCAAAAAGUGGCAACAAUCAUGUAUCAUUUUAAGUGUUUUCACAUGGGUUAAAACAACAAAGUGUCUUUUAUAAGCAGCAACACUCUAAUUUUAUUAGACUUUGAUUGGAAAGUUGGAUCAUGAAAAUACUGAUCUGUCGAACUAUAAGCAGACUUUGUUUAGUAGACGUUUUCAAUCAUGACUUUUGUUGUCGUCCAAAAGCUACAGCAUUUUGAUUUGGUGACAAAUGAAGGGUUAGUCCAUUAGUGAAGCUCAAGAUGGCCUACAGUCAGUAAAUGGCUUUCAUCAUUUUAAGUCUGCCAUUCUUAGUUCAAGCGCAGUGCCCAUUUGAUCUUUUCAAAUUUAGCUUUUAGAGAGAAAAUCUUAAACAUGUUUGGCUUUAUUAAGCAUUUUUAAAAUGGAGAUUAACAAAUUUUGUUCAACAUUUGCUGGUGUACUAUGUGACCUUUGAAUUGUAACUCUUUGGUUGUGUAGUUAUGUUUUGAUCUGAAAGAAUAUGUUUUUAAUUAGUUUCAUACAUAAAGAUUUCGGCUUUUUAUUUAUUCUUAUUUCUUGGGAAGGAAUCAGUGAAAACCUUCCCAUGCUGCAACACUAAACUUUGUCACACUAUCUAGCAUCCUUAUCAAUGAGCUGGUCUUCGAUAUCAGUUAUUUUGUCUGCAAUGAUCCUAACUACUCCCAAAGAUACAACCCAGAGAGCCAAAACACUAACUAUCAAGUAUUACAAUGUGGUUCUGCCCAAUUCAGUUUGCAUGGGAUAGUGUGCGGUUUCUUUGGUGGGUUUUCACCUUAAACAGAUGCGGAAGUGCAAAAAGGAUGGAAGUGAGUGAGUGAGAAGGGUUGAAAAAGCCAUUUAAAUCUAUUUUGCCUGGUGAGUGACUGUAGUUUGAGUCCAUGUGUACAGGAUGUGUAGUAAAUAUAAAAUGUAUGCGUGAGCGUGCUUGUUAUGGUUGUAUCUCAAUGGUUUCUCCCUGGAUUUAACUGACAUAAAAAUAGUGUAUACUAGUUGGGUAAAGGAUGAAUGGACACAUACACGUCAUUAUAGAGAGAGCUUUAAACGUAAUGUACCUCAGAAGUAUUUUUGGGUGAUCUAUUUGGAUGAUUUUGCCACAAGUACCCUGAUGUUAUUUAUUUCAUGUCUUUUUGUGCGCUGCAGAGUCAAAAAUGUCCCAUUGACGGCCAGGAGGUGGUGCUAAAAAUCAAAAGACAAACUUGAGAUCGCGAUGAGAACUAAUUUGGCUUGAGCUUGGUAGAACAUAAUACUAGAUAUAAUGGUUUGCAUCAGCAUUGUUAGCACCGGUGAUUUGUUUUCUAAUAUUUGCACUAUACUGUUGACAACCUCUGCUGAGGAUUUUUUUUUUAUAGAGUUGGGAUGUGACACCAGCAUUUUCCAAAAACAAAUCCUGUCUUUUUUUUUGUCUAACACAGUUUCCAUUUAACUACAUAAAGGUUAAAAAUGGCAGUUUGAUUGGUGCACAGAAAUAUCAGAUGUUAGAAAUAAAAGAAUAAACUUGCCUUUUGUUUUGAACACAUGAAUAAGCUUUGCUGUUCUACCUGCAGCUGUACUUUCAGUUUUAAAAUGUUCAUCAUGCUUGUGAUUUUCAUGCAUGUUUGAAAAAAUAAAAUAAAAUGGAAAAAUGUUAUUUACAGAGCCCCACAACUGUUUAUCUUUACUAUUUUUUUUUCUCCAAACUGCUGGCACAAACUUUUACUAUCCAUAAAAAUGAUUGUUUUCUCAUACAGUGUUUGCUGAUUUGUAAACUGAACCAGCCUUUUGCAGCUCUGUUGUAAUUGUCACGAGAGUCCUCUUCCCAAACAGUAUAUGGUGUUCAUUGCCUAUGUUAGUCACAACAGUUUUUAUUUUCUAUCUAAAUGUGUGUGAGUGUGUGCUUCCUUAUUGUGGGAUCAUGUGUGACAGGAGGUUGCUAAGGAAGCUUAAAUAUUGCUGGAUUUAUUCUUUAGUUUAAUUUUUGUGGCUAUGUAUGGACUUGAGAUGGGUGGCAUGGUGAGUGGAUGUGUUGAGAGUUUACAUAGUCCUGAAAUAGCACAUUUAUGUGGAGAUGAAGUUGUUAGUUUUUUUUCUGUAUCUAUAAGUAAGCAUUUUUAUGAUUAAAUUAACACUAAAACAAUGA